CAGUGCCUUUAAGUGAACAGAGUGCACUGUUUGCCAGUGCAUCUCUUUUACGUUACCGUCUCCUUACUCCGUUUACCGAGAUGGCCCCUCAGCUCAGCGCUGUUUCGGCGGCUUUCGCCACCAUGCAGCCCAAGCAGGAGGCUGCUCCGGCGCCCUCCAGCUUCAGCGCUGCGCUGAACACCGGUGUGCUGGGCAAGAUGGUUGCGGCCAGUGCGGCGGAGCCCGCUAAGCGCAAGAUUGAGCUUUACAGCAACGAGUACUACUGGACUUGCGCUGCUGGUGGCGUGGCUAGCUGCGGUCUUACCCACAUGGCUGUGACGCCUCUGGAUGUCGUCAAGUGCAACAUUCAGACCAACCCGGCCAAGUACAAGGGCAUCUCGAACGGCUUCAAGGUGUUGGUGUCGGAGGCUGGCGUUGCCGGCCUGUUCAGGGGCUGGGUGCCUACCCUGCUCGGCUACUCCGCCCAGGGUGCUUGCAAGUUCGGCCUCUACGAGUACUUCAAGAAGACUUACUCGGAUAUGGCCGGUGAGGAGCUUGCCAAGAAGUACCAGAGCGCCAUCUACCUGGCGGGCUCUGCCAGCGCUGAGUUCUUCGCUGACAUUGCGCUGUGCCCCUUCGAGGCCGUCAAGGUCAAGGUGCAGACCGUGCCCGGCUUCGCCCGCGGCAUGGGCGAUGGCCUCCCCAAGUUCGUCGCGCAGGAGGGCGUUGCUGGCCUGUUCAAGGGCAUCAAGCCUCUGUGGGGCCGCCAGAUCCCCUACACCAUGAUGAAGUUCGGUGCCUUCGAGAACACCGUGCAGGCGCUGUACAAGUACGUUGUGCCCAAGCCCAAGUCGGAGUGCACGAAGGGCGAGCAGCUGGGUGUCUCGUUCGCCGCCGGCUACAUUGCCGGUGUGUUCUGCGCCGUUGUCUCGCACCCCGCCGACAACCUGGUGUCGAAGCUCAACGCCCAGAAGGGCGCCACUGCCGGCGACAUCAUCAAGGAGAUGGGCUGGUACGCGCUGUUCACUCGCGGUCUGGGCCUGCGCAUCAUCAUGAUCGGCACGCUCACCGGUCUACAGUGGGGCAUCUACGACGCCUUCAAGGUGUCGAUGGGCCUGCCCACCACCGGCUCGGUCGAGGAGAAGAAGAAGUAAAUGGUGUUACGGGGCGACUGUCUUGCGUGUAUUACGGCGCUUAAUGCGCUUUUACUGGACUUGACGCGGGAGUGCGUAAGCGCCUGAACCUCUGUGGGGAGGCCGGACAAGGAUUUUCACUGACGCUAGUCUGAGCUUCUUGUUAACGCGGCGAUGUGUAUGCAUUCUGCUAUUCAAUUUUUUUACGAGAGGUGUUCUCGGUAUAUGCUGUCGCUACAGUUUACCUAACAUGAACUGCAUUGUUUGGCUUAACAAUCUAACCCACCUACUUGGGUGUUUUCACCAACGCGCGGUGCAAGCGUGGAUGCUCGGCCGCAUACACAUUACGGG